AUGCUCUUCGCCAGCUUAGCCGCGAGCUUCUCCUCCACCGCGUCGAAGUUCAGAUCCACUCCCCGAAUCUUCUUCACAAAGUUGAGGAGAGCUUCGUCGACUUGCCUCCUCCCCACAGCGGCUUCAACCAUGUCCCGCUGCGCGACGAACUCCGACAAGCGAUGGAGCGAGGAGCAUACCAGUCAUUCACCGAGUCGAAGACCUGAGUCACAGCCGCCUCGACCGAUCUCGACGAGACCGUCGGAGACGCUCCAUCUCAGCAGCAGAAGCCUCUGCAUCCCGACGCCUUCUCCUCCAGAUCACUCACUUGAGCCCUCAGCUGUCUGCUACCUCCUGGAGUCCGAGAGUCUUCACUAUCUCCUGUUCAGCGCCGCGACCUUCGACUCAAGCAAGUUUAUCCUGCUGCAAAUCGGCCACCAUCGUAUCGACAUCUUUGGCCUUUCUCCUGCUCCCGCCGCAACCAACCUCGUCCUUAGCCCCGAAGAGCCGUCUCGUACUUCUGGAUCAGCGCAGUAA